AGCAAAUAUGAAAUAUGAAAUGGAAUCAGUCCAUGUAGCAGAUAGCGUGGCGCAAGAAGAGUAGAGUGAAAAGAGUUAGGAAGAACGACUGAGUCAGUCAAGAAGAGUAAAAAGUCAAAACACUGAAAUUAAAUUACGGGAAUGCCAGUUCCCAUCUGAUUCAUCUCCCUUGCAACCUAAACUAUGUCUUUGGAAUCUAUCCGAUCCCAUCUCACCAUCUUCUCCUAAUCCUUCCAAGAAACCCCAAAAAUGUCGCUGCUGAAGACGGUGGCGGCGUCACACAACAACGUCGACAAUAACAUGCUGCCAUCAACACCGGGCAAGUUGAAACCAGAAAAGUACCAACCCUACAACCACUACAUGAUCCACCGCCUCAGGCUAUCAAAACUCACCCUUUGGUCCUCCAUCUUCCUCGCCUUCAUCCUCUUCUUCUUCAUCCUCUCCCCUCCAUCUCCUUCCCCCGCCGCCAACCGCCGUGAAUCAUGGGGAGGCCACCACUGGGAGAAGCGCGUCACCAAGUCAGCCUGCAGGAACUCCGACUCCGGAUUCACCGUCCUCGUCACCGGCGCUGCCGGCUUCAUCGGCUGCCACGUGUCCCUUUCCCUCAAGCGGCGCGGCGACGGAGUCCUCGGCCUCGACAACUUCAACCGCUACUACGAUCAGAACCUGAAACGCUCCCGCCAGAAGGUGCUCUCACGCGCCGGCGUCUUCGUGGUGGAGGGCGACAUCAACGACGCUGCGCUCAUUCGCAAACUCUUCGACGUCGUCCACUUCACCCACGUCAUGCACCUGGCCGCCCAGGCGGGCGUCCGCUACGCCAUGCAGAACCCGCAUUCCUACGUCCACAGCAACGUCGCGGGGUUUGUGAACCUUCUAGAAGCUUCGAAAGAUGCGAACCCGCAACCAGCGAUCGUGUGGGCCUCAUCGAGUUCCGUGUACGGACUCAAUUCUAAGGUACCGUUUUCGGAGAAGGACAGAACUGAUCAACCGGCGAGUCUUUACGCCGCUACGAAGAAAGCAGGUGAAGCCAUUGCGCAUAGCUAUAACCACAUCUAUGGGCUUUCCAUCACUGGGUUGCGUUUCUUCACUGUUUAUGGUCCUUGGGGUAGGCCUGACAUGGCGUAUUUCUUCUUCACGAAGGAUAUUCUGAAGGGGAAGCAGAUCACUGUGUUUGAGGCGGCAGAUGGUGGAACAGUUGCGAGGGAUUUUACAUACAUUGAUGACAUCGUGAAGGGGUGUUUAGGGGCUUUGGACACGGCGAAGAGGAGCACUGGCAGCGGGGGAAAGAAGAAGGGGCCUGCGCAGUUCAGGAUAUAUAACCUGGGGAACACUUCGCCGGUGGCGGUGAGCGAGCUUGUGAGGAUAUUGGAGAAGCUUCUGAAGGUGAAGGCGAAGAAGAAGGUGAUGGUUAUGCCGAGGAAUGGGGACGUUCAGUUCACGCAUGCCAAUAUUAGCAGAGCGCAUAGGGAGCUUGGUUACAUGCCCACCACAGAUUUGGAGACAGGUCUCAGCAACUUUGUGAAAUGGUACCUUGAUUUUUACUCUCCCUCUACGAAGAACCCUGCUUCUUCUUCUUCUUCUUCUUCUUGGUGAUGUAUCCAUUUGUAUCAGCAAAUAAUUACUAUUACCGUAAUCUUUUGGAAUGUCUUAGCCACUGUACAGUUUUUGGUUCACUACUACUGAGAAAUCAAGUUGAAUCUUUUUUGCCUUGAUUGAUUGAUAUAUCUGUUUAUCCACAAAUGAUUAAUUAAUCGAACAUGGCAGCUUCCAAUUUGACUUGUU